AUCAACUCCACUCCUAACUUGAGAAUCCCCAGACUCGAUUCCCGACGCGUCGAAAUCAGUUAACUCUCACGCAGUCAAGAACCAUGUCUUUCCUCUCGGAAUCAUCUUCUGGUCGCGGCGACGCAGGUCUCAUCAUCAGAGACAUAAAGGCUAGGCUUGGUCACUUGAGUACAUCUGCAUUCUAUACCGCAGGCAUUGGUGCUGCCUUCUUAGCACUGGGAUUCAACACUUAUCGCGAGGACGGAAAGUUCCUUCACCAUGUGGAAGCUGCUCGGAGUCUUUUCGCUUUGUCAACUCUUUUCGGCCUGCUCACUGGGCUCGGUUGCGGAUUCACAGCCAAUGUUCUCCCAACAGAAGCGGGAACACUCGUUCCGAAAGCUUUCCCAUGGGCUUACCGCGUCUGGUUCUGCUUGCUUUCCGUCGCUGGUGCACUGUUCCUCGCAGGCCUUUGCAUUUGGGUCGGAGCAGAGAAAGGCACUAGUGACUACAGCUGGGUUACAGUGGCAGUGGUUCUGAUCUGUACUUUUCUCUUCAUACUCAUGCUCAUCACCUUGUCAUGGCCUGAUAUCGAAAACUGGGGAUCAACUCCUGUGCCGAUGUUCUCGCCUUCUCUACUCAUCCCACGAACUCGCGCCUCACUGACACGGGAAGAAGUGCAGGGAUCGUUGGAGUAA